CCACUGGCUGUUCAACAUUUCAUGUUCGCUGUGUGACUUCUGUGGUGAGCAGACUGUAAACAAGCAGAAGGGAGAAGAAGGGACUCUUGUGUCAGCUCUGGAUGCUGGAAACAUCAAACCCGGGGAAGCUAUCGUAGCCCUCUGUUCGGCUGAAGAUCUGCAGAUUAUAAAAAGAAGAGCGUUUCGUAGUGCACGCAAACACCAGCACUCAAACAGCAGGUUUGAAGCUGAUCCAGGAUGCAGUCCUACCUCACUCUGCUGAUGGGGUUUGUGGCCUCCGCUGUUUCAGCGGACUGGAGGCGUCCGGUGAUCAAGUUCAACUCUAAGGUGGUGGGCAGUUCUGAGGUGGUGGUCAGACCUGGGGCCUCCCUGGAUCUGAGGUGUGAGGGUGACGGGCCUGUAAACUGGCAAACGAGGCUACCCAAACACAGACGCUACGUGUCCAAGGGCAAUGGGAACGUCCGAACCAUAAAGGUGGAGCGUCCCAGUGCCGAAUUCACGGGAACGUACAAGUGUUUUUACACCGCUGGGUCACAGAACCGUCUGACCUCCUCAGUGCAUGUGUACGUGAAAGAUCCAAACCGUGUGUUCUGGACCAGCAGCAUGUCCCUGCGGGUGGUGAGGAAGGAGGGUGAGGACUACCUGUUGCCCUGCCUGCUGACCGACCCAGCAGCCACAGAUCUGAGCCUCCGCAUGGACAAUGGCACCACCGUGCCGCCUGGGAUGAACUUCACAGUCUACCGGCACCGUGGUAUUCUCAUCCACAACCUCCACCCCAGCUUCAAUGCUGACUACGUCUGCACAGCCAAGGUCAAUGGAGUGGAAAGGAUGUCCAAGGCCUUUUCCAUCAACGUCAUUCAGAAGCUUCGUUUCCCUCCUUACGUCUUCUUGGAGACAGAUGAAUAUGUGCGCAUUGUUGGGGAGGGACUCAAGAUUCGCUGCACAACACACAACCCCAACUUCAACUACAACGUCACCUGGAAUUACUCCACAAAGUCGAAAGUUACGGUAGAGGAGAAGGUCCGCUCCAGUGGAGAAAAUCGCCUGGACAUACAGAGCAUACUGGCCAUCUCUGCUGUGGACCUGGCAGACACAGGGAACAUUUCCUGCAUUGGCACUAAUGAAGCAGGGGUGAACAGUUCAACGACAUACCUGCUGGUUGUAGACAAGCCCUACAUCCGGCUGCUGCCCCAGCUGUCCCCCCAACUGGCCCACAAGGGUCUUUCAGUCGAGGUGAACGAAGGAGAGGACCUGGAGCUCAGCGUGCUCAUCGAAGCGUACCCCCACAUCACAGAGCACAGAUGGUACACCCCAACGUCUCCCAGCAAGUCCACACAGGAGCACAAGCUCAUCAGAUACAACAACAGAUACCAUGCAAGUCUGCAUCUGAAGAGAAUGAAUGCACAGGAGCAGGGUGAAUACACCUUCUAUGCCAGGAGCGACUUGGCCAACGCAUCCAUCACAUUCCAAGUCCAAAUGUAUCAGAGACCUGUUGCCGUGGUGAGGUGGGAAAACGUGACCACACUCACUUGCACCUCAUUUGGCUAUCCUGCUCCCAGGAUCAUCUGGUACCAGUGCUUUGGGAUACGGCCUACGUGCAAUGAAAACCACACAGGGAUGCAGAUGCCGAUCCCCCUCCAGGCUCUUACAGUGGAGGUCCAGAGGGAGGAGUAUGGGGCCGUGGAGGUGGAGAGCGUCCUCACCGUGGGUCCGUCCAGCCAGAGGAUGACGGUGGAGUGUGUGGCCUUCAACCUCGUCGGUGUCAGUAGCGACACCUUUGCCAUGGAGGUCUCUGACAAGCUCUUCACUUCCACCUUGACUGGAGCAGCAGGCAUUCUGGCCAUCCUCCUUGUGCUACUGGUUUUUCUGCUUUACAAAUAUAAGCAGAAACCCAGGUAUGAAAUCCGUUGGAAGAUCAUUGAGGCGAGAGAUGGAAACAACUAUACCUUUAUUGACCCCACUCAGCUGCCUUACAAUGACAAGUGGGAGUUUCCAAGAGACAAGCUGAAGCUCGGGAAGAUCUUGGGUGCGGGAGCUUUCGGAAAGGUCGUUGAAGCCACAGCUUAUGGUCUGGGAAAGGAGAAGGACAAUGCAAUGCGGGUGGCUGUGAAAAUGUUAAAAGCCAGUGCCCAUUCAGAUGAGAGGGAAGCUCUGAUGUCUGAACUGAAGAUCCUGAGCCACCUGGGACACCACAAGAACAUUGUCAAUCUACUGGGAGCCUGCACCUAUGGGGGACCAGUGCUUGUGAUCACGGAGUACUGCAGCCUGGGCGACCUCCUGAACUUCCUUCGCCAGAAGGCAGAGACGUUUGUGAACUUUGUUAUGAACAUUCCCGACAUUAUGGAGAACUCUAAUAACUACAAGAACAUCUGCGACAAGAGACAGUUCAUCAGAAGUGACAGUGGGAUCUCCAGUACGUCCUCAAGCAGCUACUUGGAGAUGAGACCCAGCCAGCUGCCAAAUAUGGAAUCAUCUCGAGACUCUGUGUGUGAGGAGACUGUUGACUGGCCACUGGACAUCGACGACUUGCUGAGGUUUUCCUUUCAAGUGGCUCAGGGCCUCGACUUCCUGGCAGCCAAAAAUUGCAUCCACAGAGACGUGGCUGCCAGGAAUGUCCUCUUGACUGACCGCAGAGUGGCCAAGAUUUGUGACUUUGGUCUGGCACGUGACAUCAUGAACGACUCCAACUACGUAGUGAAGGGCAAUGCACGUCUGCCAGUGAAGUGGAUGGCUCCGGAGAGCAUCUUCGACUGUGUCUACACCGUCCAGAGCGACGUCUGGUCUUACGGCAUCCUCCUGUGGGAGAUCUUCUCUUUAGGGAAGAGCCCCUACCCCAGCAUGGCUGUGGACUCCAGGUUCUACAAGAUGGUGAAGCGCGGCUACCAGAUGUCCCAACCAGACUUUGCCCCUCCUGAGAUCUACAUGAUCAUGAAGAUGUGCUGGAACCUGGAGCCUACAGAGCGUCCAACGUUUAACAAGAUCACUCAGAUGAUAGAGAGACUACUCGGGGACCAGUUCGAGCAGGAACAGCUAAUCUACCAGAAUGUGCAGCAGCAGGUCACGGAGGGUGAAGUGUGUGACGAGCCCAAGUGCUGCGACGGCCCCUGUGACCGGUCUUGUGACCACGAGGAAGAGGAGCAGCCUCUGAUGAAGACCAACAACUACCAGUUCUGUUGAAAGCCCCCAACCGCCGAUCAGUCAGCAGACCAGCCGCUCAUCAACAAGCAUCAGGAAACGUGGGACCGGCUGUGGUGCGCGGCCUGAGCGCCACAGCUCGUUCUCAACCGCCGGACAGUUGCAGAGAGUCGCCUCCACAGCUAUUUUUUGCCCGCCGUGUCUGCUCGCCAGACAGACGGGCAGCUGCAGCAAGCAUGUGACUUGCUUCUUUGCGGACCAUGACUAGAAAUUGCCACGUCUAACACCGACUGCAGACAUGAAAGGAGGAAACAUGUCAGCAUACCGCACAAGCAUCCGAAGCUGUACCUUUACAUAGAAGUUAAUUCCCUCAUGGACUUUUUCACUCCUUCUGUUACAUAUCUGAGGUAUAAUCUGUUGCAAAGGAGAACCAGUUCAUCCCUUCCUCUGACUGUUCCUUAUUAUAUAUUGUACACUAUGUUUAUUAACUUUUGUUUUGUAUUACUGGCUGAGGUGGCAAAUGUCUUGUUCUUUGUGGAGUCUCUUCUGUCAGCAGGUUCACUUCCUUUUCAUCAUUUUACUGCAUGUAUGGUUUCUCAGAGGAAGCAACCGUACAGCAGACCCGUCUUUAUUCACGCACUCUUGACACGUUAGGUUCUAUUGUCUGAUCACCUUUGUUGAACAGUGUGAGUGUUUUCCCCUGGUCUGAACGGGCUCGAUCGGCCGUGGAGGAGGCGAACAGUGGCGGCAUUGUUCUCCUCUCUGUGCGUUGGCCAUCGCUGUGCUUCUUGUGACACACUUCCAGUAGCUGUCAGUCAGUGGCAACAUGUGAUUGUUCCACUCAAAUCUGAUUAAUCAACCAGCGUUCAGCGUGAUUUAGGAGCAGGGACUACAGCCUCGACGAACAGUGGUUCAUGUUCAACAAUGUGAAAGGAUUUGUGUGCGUAUGUGUGUGUGUGGCACAGUUCACUCUUCUCAUUUCCUGUCGAGUGUUUGGACGUAAGCUUCACCCAUGUCUAUAUGUAGCAGUCAGCCUACACUGCCAAACUGUACGAUGACUUUAGAAUAACAUAUAAGCUAUAGUGAGAGAUACAGACAAACUUAUGUGACUUCAGGCAUUUCAAAUGUACUUGCAUCUGAGUAAGACAUGAGUGAGAUGUCUAAUAAUGUACAUAUGUUGUGAUGUAAAUCAAGAAGCAUCUUUAUUUUCACUGAAACGUAGAGUAGAUAGCAGUACAUCAAUAUUUCAUGUAUGUGUCGUGUUGGGGGGGGUUUGUGCAAAUGAGACAAUCAAUGUAAAAGCUGCCAUUAAAUCACUACA